GUCAGUAGAAGCCCGCCCCCGGCUGGGACCUGGGAACCUGGAACAGGCUAAACUUGAGGCUCGGGAUAGAUAUUUGAAUGCCUCCCAAAUUGCGGUCCUAUCCCUCAGAGGCAGGGAGAGGAGCGGAGUGCGUGCGCGAGCGCUUACGUCGCCUCGAGCUCUGUGCUGGGAUAAUCAGGAGUUGGGCUGAGCCGAGUCCUCUUUUAGCAGCAGCAGCCGGCACAGGAGUGGCAGCAGCAGCCCCAGGGACGCGCGGGACCCAGCGGCUCGGAGCGCACGGGGACAGCUGGUGCCGGGGCCGCGCCAGUGCCACCGCUUGGGCGCACAAAGGUAAAGGCGGCCGCAGCCCUUGUGGCCUGCCUGGUCCCGGCGGCGUUCCCGUCCUCUCCCUCCUUCCUUUCCCGAAGGCGAAAAUGGCUGGGCCGGGCGAGGACCUGGGACAGCAGUGGUCCUAGCUCAGCGGGUCCCCACCCUUCCUGCUGACAGAGGCGGCGGGCUGUCCUUGGAUGAGGUGGCCGAGGCUGCUCCCUGGCGAAUCCUCAGCCGGGUCGCAGCCACCGGCUCUCUCUGCUUGCUCCAUCCCUCGGAGAGGAGUUGAUGCUGGCAUCACCCCCGCCACCGCCACCACCUCCGCGGAAGCCAGUGCUGAUGGAUGCUGGGGAGUGCCGCAUUGCUUAAUGUCCCCGCCUCCGGGUUUGCUGGCACAUCCUUCAGCGGGGACGCAGCAGCAACCCGGUGUUGGGGCUGAGAUGUGCCUGGGGUUUGCUUUCCUUGCAUCUUACAAGACAAGAGAAGAAGACAGAACCAAGACCCGAAGCGCCCUUGCUAAGUGGAAUUAGGGUUUCAUUCAUUCUUUCUUUUUUCCCCUUUUAUUCAGAGAUAAAGGGCAAGAGGCAGGCUUUCAGGGCCUGCCCAGAGGCCCACUUUUAAUGGGAGGCGUUGUUUUUUAGAGGGGCUGGGGUUAGAAGUUUAGAUACUCUCCAGCAAAGCUGUGGGGUGGGGAAAAGCAGGAGCAACAGGGUACUUGACUGAACGCGAAGAGGAACCAUUUCCUGUACAGGAGAGGAAGCAGACAGCAGCUAGGAGGACUGGGGGCCUGAGUGUGGUGUGGAGGUGGCAAGGGCCAGGUGUGUUGUUGGACACAAAAGGAGAGCUUCAGGGUGGACAGCUUGGGCACAAGGUAACAAUGACUCAUUUGCAAGCUGGUCUCUCUCCUGAGACCCUGGAGAAAGCCCGCCUGGAACUCAAUGAGAACCCAGACACUCUGCACCAGGACAUCCAGGAGGUGAGGGACAUGGUCAUCACUAGGCCAGACAUUGGCUUUCUGCGCACCGAUGACGCUUUCAUCUUACGCUUCUUGCGGGCCCGGAAGUUUCAUCACUUCGAGGCUUUCCGCCUCUUGGCCCAGUACUUUGAGUAUCGGCAACAGAACCUGGAUAUGUUCAAAAGCUUCAAGGCGACUGACCCUGGUAUCAAGCAGGCACUGAAGGAUGGCUUUCCUGGGGGCCUGGCCAAUCUGGACCACUAUGGGAGGAAGAUUCUAGUCCUUUUUGCUGCCAACUGGGACCAGAGCAGGUACACACUGGUGGAUAUUUUGCGUGCCAUCUUACUUUCUUUAGAAGCCAUGAUUGAAGAUCCAGAGCUGCAAGUAAAUGGAUUUGUUUUGAUCAUAGACUGGAGUAACUUUACCUUCAAGCAAGCUUCUAAGCUUACACCAAGCAUGCUUCGACUUGCCAUUGAAGGCCUUCAGGACAGCUUCCCCGCAAGAUUUGGAGGAAUUCAUUUCGUCAACCAACCUUGGUAUAUCCAUGCCCUGUACACUGUGAUCCGGCCUUUCUUGAAGGAGAAGACUCGGAAAAGGAUAUUUUUGCACGGUAACAACCUGAACAGUCUACACCAACUAAUUCAUCCUGAGAUCCUGCCUUCUGAGUUUGGAGGAAUGUUGCCCCCAUAUGACAUGGGGACGUGGGCAAGAACCCUGCUAGACCAUGAGUAUGAUGAUGACAGCGAGUACAGCGUGGACUCCUACAGCAUGCCUGUGAAGGAAGUAGAGAAGGAGCUCUCCCCGAAAUCCAUGAAGAGAUCACAAUCAGUAGUGGACCCCACAGCACUAAAACGCAUGGAUAAAAGUGAAGAAGAAAACAUGCAGCCUUUACUUUCUCUGGACUAAGAACUUCUCCACCCCCUACCCCACCGAUUAGAAAUGGGAGGUACUGGCUUUCAGCAACAGGACAGCACUGUGGCAUUUACCUGCUGGAAAACCUUAUCCAUGUUAAUGUAGCAUAAUGCAUAAGGCAUCUGGCUUUCACAUUUGCCUAAACCAUGGGUGCCCCGGGCUAGAUUUUAAAAAGUCAAUAAUUUAUUCUGUAAGUGCCAAGUUCUUUGUAAAUACAAUAUAGUCUUCACAUCAAGUUUGUAAAUUUUGGUAGUAAUUUAAUUUGGGAAAGAUUGACUCACAAGUUUGAGCCAGUGAUAUGGACUAUAAUAAUAAGCAUAAAGACACAUACACUAUGGAAUUUAAUUAAAUGUAUCCCUGUUUCCUAUGAAGCCAUAUUUCUGCUAUCAUAGUGAAUUGUCUCAUCGUCUUUCUCUGAAACACUGUCAAUAUUCAAACAUACUUGGGCACAGUAAACAAUUAUUCCAGGAAAUUGCUAUGAUUAAUGUUUUCCUGUUCAGUGGUUUUCAUUUCAGAGGAACUAUCCUAGAGCCAUCAUUGACUGCAUUCUGAAGAAAAAGAGUGGAUAUAAGCUGGUGAACAAAAAAACUGGAGCUUUUCUCUAUUGUUUGAUUCACAGAGUCUUGCAAGACAAUUUAUUUCCCCACUCAAGAUGUGGAAUUCUGAAAAAAGGAUGGAUAUUUGUCUAAAUUGUUGUCUUCACAAUGUUCCAUUUGGCUAAGGUCACAUUGUAAUCCUUGUCUGAUGUACUUUAGAAUAUUUUCAUCUAAAAUUCAUUGACCAAGAAAAUGAGAAUUAGUUCCUGAAUAAUUUUGACAGCCAAUUUUGAAUAUAAAGUUUAUCACUUACAAAUAGGGAGGGCCUACUUUCACAUCAUUAUGUACUUGCUGAAAAAUAGAUUCACACACAACAUACAUAUUGUUAUUGCAUUCUAAUAAAUUCUCAAUAUGACAGGCUUUGAGAUGUCAUGGAAAAUGACUUUCAGUGAAGUCAAUAAAAAUGAGAACAUGAGACAGACUUCAGGGUACCUAUUCAAGGGAUUUCAAUAUACCAUAAAAUGAAAUCUUGAAUAUGUGGCACCUUAAUGAAUGUGGUUUUUUUCCCUUUUUAAAAAACAACAAACCUCAGUAUAGCAAAGAUACCAGGCAAUGAAAAGCAAGAGUUUUUCUUAAAUUUAAGUUAAUUAUCAUGUUGUUCUUUUAUGCUUACAUUUUCUUUUGAGAAGAGAUUCAAAGUACAUGACAUUUGACAGCUAUAAUGAAAGUGUUGGAGAGCAUCUAAGACAGCAUAUAACAGUUUAAGUCUAGACUCAAAUUUUUAUAUGAUUUAAAGUUUUAUUUCAUAAAUUGUAUAAUUAUAGCCUAUGUUAAACAUCUCAAUUUAAAUUUCAAAUUCUCGUGUAGAAAGGCAGGAUUUUUUUAUCACUCUCCUGGCAUGAUGAAUCUUAAGAUUGAGAAUUUACCAUUAUUCUUUCAAAAAGAACAUAUCUCCAAGAACUUUUGGAAACUAGUAUAAGCAAAGGCAUAUAACAGCUUUAACAUACACAUUAGCCAAGAACUUAAAAAAAAUCCAGUUAUGUUUAUGCAGCCCGAAAUCUCAAAGUUGAAUUAACACACAGGUCUUAAGCAACAUGGGCUGCCUAAUGCUUAUAAAAUUACAAAGAUCAUGAAUUUUUUUAAAUAUACUUUAAGAAUGGCAACCUUCAGUUGAGUGCAGAACAACAGUGAUGGUCCAGGGACUGUCCAUCCUUGUGGCAGAGAUCAAAGACAAAUGAGAAUUAAAUGCCAGGGCAAUUCUAAGAGAUAAUAACUGAUGCACCAAUAAUUGAUGUGUGUGUUUUUGUCUACCUGACAUACAUUCUACAGCCGUGGACUUUCCUCGUGUUGUAAACAUGCAUCAGGCAGAAGUCAUUGAAAUCAAAUAAGAAUAAUGUAAGCAGGGACAGUGAUGUAUCAGUCUCUUGACACCCAUCGUUUGUUGACAGGUUUCAGAGUCUACUAGCUUCAGAUGUCAUCCAGCAUGGCCAGCAUCCUUCUCCUACCACAAAGUUACUAUCACAUAAAAAUAACUAGUAUCAUCCACACUCUCUCCUAAGCCCAUAUUUGGAAAAUUCUCAUUGGCAUUGCCAAACGUCUGCUCCUCUUUAAAUGAGCAACUGAAAGUUGGCUAGAUGGUAUACAAUAUUCUUUAAAAAAUGAAUGAACAAAUUAAAACAAUGAUGCCUUUUGAUUUUCUAGCAAUGGUUUUAAAGCUGCUUAGUCAAGGGAUAUUUAUUCAAAUUUAUAAAUUUUCCCUUCAGCAUCAGCUUAAAGCACCGUUUAGGCAAAUCUUCCCUACUGCAACAUUUUACAUCAUGUAGCAGUGUUUAUGGUACACGAUCUAGUAAAUAAGCAUGCCCGUGUUCUUCCACACUAGAUGGUUCUGAUGGCUUCUCCUUUUUACUUUGAAUCCUGCAUUUUUGCCAUUAAAAUAGUCUCAUUGCUUGACAUUUGUGAACUUCUAAGAGAUACCAUAUCAAUUUGGAAUAGUCUGGUUGACCAUUGUUCUCUACUUUUUUAAAAAAUGGUGCUGGGCAAGGAACCCAGUCCUGAGCAUAGAGGCAGGCACCCUACAUCUAAGCUAUAUGCCGGAUUCCAAUUUAUAUUUUUCACUUUGUCUGACUUAUCUUUUAUUUCUUUCAGUUGUUUCAAGAACAGCUGCUCCCAAAACUGACUUAUAAAUAAAGAACUCUUAUCAUGUUCUCAGCAACACAUUUUGUUGGCUACCAUAUAAGAUAGUAUCACAAUAUAUACUCUAAGGAAUAUGAAGAAGUGCCUCUUUAAAAACAGAACAAAGCAUCAGUUAUGACAUGCUCAGUUUAUUUUCACACUCUUCCAAAAAACAAACAAACAAACAAAACCCAAGAUAUUCUUCAGUAUUGUAAGGAUAGCACGUAGAUAUCUCUUGAAAAGGAUGUCCAAGGGUGUGGUUUGACAAUUUUCAUCCAGUAUUGUUUGUUGUACAAAAUCAAUGCAGUAAUUUCAAUCCAUGCUAUUUAAAACAGAGCAUUAUGUUAAAACACUAUGAAGAUAUUAAGUAGAGUUUUUUCCAAGCAAGUUGUUGAAAUGGGUAUGCAUGACAUUAUUUCAGCAAUAGUUUGCAUUUGUGUGGGCAGAAGCAUUCCAUAAGCCAUUUCAUAGAAAAUGCUUGUUUACACUAUUAAAAUUCUCAGAUUGCUAAAGAAAAAGGCCAUGUAAGAUGUUCUCUUUAAUAUGAGUAUGCAGGUCACAUAGUUAAAUCCAGCUUUUAAGGUUUUUGUAACAUUCCUAAGGGAACAGAAUUGAUUGUAUAACACUAUGAAAAGGGGAACAUUUAGGCUUCAUGUUACAAGGAAACCUUUAGAGCCAUGGCAGGCUGUUUCUAUUUCUACACACAACUUCAAGUUUAGACUCAUGGUCCGUUAUGAAUAGUGUAUUAAGGAAAUCUGCUGAGAUAGUUAGUACUCCUGCUGCUUUAUUAAAACUGCCUAGUUGGAUUGUUUCAUACUACUCCUUUGCUUCUGUCAUUGAGUGCAUAUUUAUUAAUGAUUCCUUAAAAAGUUGCCCUGAGCCAUGAUGACAUUCCAGAAAGAUUCUCAAUGCACAGUAAGUUGACCCAAGUCCCAGCAUGUGCUGUUUCAACUUUUAGGUGAUAUGGUAUUGAUACUUGAUAUCAGUAAGCCUCAGUCAAACAUUCUAGUUUAGACCUGCUAUGUGCACAGGUGGCCUGAAAUAGCUGUGUGCUCUUUAAACCUUUGAGGCUGUCACAGGAAAAGACACACAUGGGGGGAAAAUGGACUUUUCUUGUUUUCAGUUGAGGAAAAUAGAUUCUCAUAUGCUACUGCAAUGAUUGGUCAUUGCUCAACACUUCAGAUUGGACAAAUAAAUAGAAAUACAAGCAGGCCUUGGCUUUGUGACGUUAUUAUCUCACUGCCUUUACGGUCUGGAGAAAAUCUUUCAUGCAUCCAAGAUUUUAGUUUUUAAAAAUUGGAGGUUAGUUAGUGCCACACAUAAUGCUAUGAAGUUUGUCAUUUGAGAAAUAUGGGAAUGAAUCCACCUAGACUGUAGGGAAAUCAUAAAACUGCAUUUUUUGGUAGUAAAAUGCUCAAAUUGAACCCUUUGUUCAAAGGAUUACAAAUGUUACUGUAGAAAUGAAGAUAAGUUAGAAACCAAAUAGUUGUGAUAAUUAUGAUAACUGCACUUUACAACAAGGGUUGGGAGGUGUUGACACUGUAGAAGGUGUGUGUCAGGGUUUAACAGAGUUUCAGAUCUCCAUGCGAAUAUUUCUGUCCUUUCUGUUUGCAGAAUUCUUGAUUACGUCAACAUUAUUUUUGUGAAUAAAAGAGACCUAUAGAAAGCCUAAUGAAAUCUUAAGAACAUCUAUAGCAUGGACUGGUCCCCAAAUAUUUUGGAAAAAAUCCCAAUGAUCUCUAUGUAACUGAUUUACAUAUCACAGGUUCAAGUCAUUGUCUUAUUUCUGAUCUAGUUCUGUUUUGGAUUUUUGUGUCAUUGCAUGAUGUUUUUUAGUUGCAAGUUUUUAUAAUAAACUUAAAAUAAAUUUUAAAAAUUCAAAAUAAAGAAAGCUAAAAAUAUA